GGGUGGCACCGUAAAAUCCCAAGAAGAGGAAGAAGAAUCGAGCGGGAUCUUUGGACAGAUCAAAAUUCAGUCCUGUUCUAAGAAACGGGGAACGGGGGAGGGAUGACGUAAUUUGAAAUCGGGCCCAAAAAUCCUCAGCGAAUAACUUAGCACACACGAGGUAGCGGGCGAGUGCUGCCCCAGCUGUUUCCUGUUGAAAAUGUCUCCGUAAUGUAGAUAAAUGUGAGGGAUUUUCUCCACUAAAUCCGUCUCCUGUCCGCUAAAUCUCACGUCUCCGAAUCGAGCCUGCGCAAUGGAACAAAGUCGGAAUAUCGAGACGUGACACCGGCACCGCGUUUCUUCCUCGCAGCUUCUUUUAUUGCAGCUUUAAAAAAAAAUAUAUAUAUACAUAUAUACAUAUAUAUAUUUUUAAUUUUACUUAUAUUAUUUUUAUUUUAAUGACUUUGGGACAAGUGUUUUCUCCGGACAAACGCUGGGAUGUCUAAAGGACAUUUGGGUAAUGUCCUAAAGUGGACCAUGCGCUGUGUGUCUCGGGGCCGCGCGCUCUCCCGGCUGCUGCUGCUGUGCGCGCUCGCGCUGACGCCGGUGGAGUCGAAGGCGGGUCCUGAGACCCUGUGCGGGGCGGAGCUGGUGGACACGCUGCAGUUUGUGUGCGGAGACCGGGGCUUUUAUUUCAGCAAGCCAACAGGCUACGGCCCCAACUCACGGCGCUUGCACAACCGUGGCAUUGUAGAUGAAUGCUGUUUCCAGAGCUGUGAGCUAAAACGACUCGAGAUGUACUGCGCAUCAGCCAAGUCUGGUGGUAAAGCUCCAAGAUCCGUACGAGAGCAACGGCACACAGACACGUCCAAAACACCAAAGAAACCUAUAUCUGGCCACAGCCAAACACCCUGUAAGAGAGAGAAAAAAAAGAGGAUGGUGAGGGAACAUCUGUUAAUAGCUGCUAAAACGAAGUCCAUCAGAAGAACUCAAGCCGAGGAAACACCGGGGGGAGGAACUAUCGGAUGUAGUUAAGUGAAGGAUCGGAGUGGAAAUAUCGGACAGUGCCGAACGCGACGGAAGAGAAAGUAGAACCUUACCUGGUCUUCAAGAGGAAAACAAAACAAACAAACAAACAAACAAAAAAAGCAAAACAAAACAAAAAGGAGAAUGGACCAGUUCCAUGUACAUACACCCGAGUCACGACUGACUAUUUUCGACACUGCACCAUUCCACACUGGGGAGGGACAACAUCUGUCCAAACAGCAAAAUUAAUAUAGCUGCUAAAAUGUGUAAUAUAAUAGCGGCUGCUCCAUAUUACGGCAGUGGGAAACCUCCUGUAUGUAUAAGAGAGCCACUGGAAACUUUAAUGGACCCAAACUCUUUCACUUCCUGAUGGGUGGGAUAGAGCCAGUGGGUCACUGGAGGAGAGGUGAAGGUUUUUCUAUGCUAAUGGGCGAAGUGAACGCUUGCAACGGUCCCUCCCACAUAUACACACACACACACACACACACACACACACACACACACACACACACACAUGCCUUCACAAUUAAUUCCAGAUUGCUGCAACCCAGUACAAAAUUCAAGCUGGCAGCAUUUCAGCACCAUUUCUGAUUAAGCUUUAGUGGAAAGACAGUACACAAGCUCAAGCACUGAUGAGGAAUAUCUUUGUUUUUUGUUUUGUUUUUUUUUCUACAAAGAAAAAGAAAAAGGAGCUUCAUCGGAACGCUGUUUAGACAGAAGCUCGUUCAAAACAGACGCUUCGCUUUCAGGACGACGAACACGGCAAAAGCAGGAGGACAUCUUAUUGUCCAUAUGUUAAAAGAGGAACAGGAAGUGUAAGGAAAGGGUUUAUAAAACGUGCGACCGUGUCUGACCGAGACAGACGAGUUCAACUUCAGAAAGCGUCGCUGCUUUGAUGAUAAUGACAUCAGAUUGCAUGAUUGGUUUUGGAAAAAUUUUUUAAAAAAGCCAAUAUUUUUACCAAAGCAUGAACAUCACAUACAACAGUAAGCGUUUUCACCAAAGCCUGGCAAUAUUAUACAAUCCCAUUAAAACUUCUUACACAACCAACCAUCUCUGAGAAAUACAGGGAUGGACAAAUUACUAACCUUGAAUUGAUAUCUAAGGUUUUAAGUUUUAAUUCGUAGCUGCUAAAGAACAAAACAUUUUUAAUUUGAUAUGUAGCUCUUUUUAGAUAUAACGUACCUCAGUGCUGUAACUAUAACACAAGCUUCCAAAUGCCACCUGCUGCACUACAUACAUCAGUCAACGCACCAUGUAGCUGUUGGUAGAACGAAACACAAUCGUUAGAAGCCCGUAGCUAAGACUUUUCAUCGAGGGGCACAAACACAAACGUUGUUAGCAGACGAUAAUAAAAAACUUUGUACGUUACUCUUACUGUGCAUACAAGUCCAACUGGGAAGCUCGUAUUUAAUAUUUACAACUUGGGAAGACGUAAUUAUGACAUCCAUGGAAUUCGAGUCAAACAAUAUGAAGGUGUAAAAAUACAACAAGGUUUUAAAUGUCUGCUUUUAGAAAGCCAAAAAAUUGUUUUUAUUUAAUCAAUUCAAGAAGCGACAGUAAAUUUUAACGUUGCAUAAUUAUAUCAAAAUCGAACCACUUCUCUUCCAUCGUUGGUCAAUUUACUUGCUUUUCAAUUACUCGCCUCAUAAGCCCCAAAUAACUGAAAUCAGCUCGUGAGACGAGUCAACAUUCAAUUCCAACAACUUCCAAGUGAUUGCUGACUAACUCGUAAAUCCUGAGCUCAGUGAAAUUCCCACUCGUAAUUCUGAAUUUGUGGUGCGUUCGACUAGCUAACAUGACAUGUAUCUCAAGCUACAUAUUUACAUUAUCUUAGCUAACAAUAUCCGGCAAUUUGGCUAAACACGGGAUUGGGAAGCUCGUUAAUGAAUUUCUGAUUUGUCCAUCCCUUAAUAAUAACUAUAAAAUUCCCACAAGAUCACCACCUCUGAGGAAACGGGCUUCACAUGGAGCCGGAUGUUCUUCCGGAACGUUCUUCUAAUCCAGUGGACUGCUUUGGGAAAUCCAGACUGUGAUGUUAAAUGUUUUUUUUUUUUUUUUUUGCCUAGUUAGUGAAUCUUCUAUCCAAAGUCCAAAAUGUACACCAUCACACUGUCCUCUGUCUAGCCGACUCUGUACUCAAUAAUCAUAUUUAUGUUAACCA